AUGAUCUCUCUACCAAUCUGCCUGGGAACUGGUGCCGACAGGAGAUCGGUUAUAGCGGAUUUCGUAGUCCUCAGAGACUCCACAGCUUAUAAUAUCAUCCUAGAAAGAAAGACCAUCAAUGACUUCUCAGCCGUAAUAUGCAUCAAAUUCCUAACAAUGAAGUUCAUGACAGACAGAGGAGCUGUCGGCUCCAUUAGGGGAGACUUGGAAGCAGCAGUCGCCUGUGAUAAUGCUAGUCUCUCCUUGAGGAAGGAGUCUAAGAAGGCAGCCGGCGUGUUCUUGGCAGACCUGGAUGUAAGGAUAGAAGACAAGCCGAGACCCGAACCAAAAGGGGACAUGGAGAAAUUCCAUAUAGGAAAGUCGGCUGAACAGUUCACCUUUGUAAACAAAAAUCCGCCCCAUGAGCUCAAGGGCCCCCUCAUGGAGGUUGUAAGGGCAAACGGCGACCUCUUCGCUUGGACACCAUCAGACAUGCUGGGGCUGGAUCCCGAAGUCAUGGCCCACCGGCUAGCCAUCAAAUCAGACGCGAAGCCAGUGGCACAACGGCGAAGGAAAAUAUCCCAAGAAAGGGCCAAUGAGGUCGCCAAGCAAAUGACUGGGCUACUUAAAACCGAGUUCAUCAAAGAACUCGAGUACUCGACAUGGCUAUCCCAUGUCGUCCUAACUCGGCGGCAGGGUAUCGUUUUCCUCGGCUUCAUGGACGCAUACUCCGGGUAUAACCAGAUCCUGAUGCACCGACCUGACCAGGAGAAGACAGCGUUCAUAACACUAGGGGGCACCUACUGCUACAAGGUAAUGCCGUUUGGACUAAAGAACGCAGGGGCCACCUACCAAAGGCUAAUGAGAAAAGUCUUCCACGAUCUCAUCGGUAGCACGGUAGAGGUUUAUGUCCAUGACAUCUUAGUGAAAAUGGCAGAACCGAGUAGCCUUAUAGACGACCUCUAA